UCUCUCUCUCAGAGAAGCGCACACCUUCCCUCCUCCCCGUGCAAGAAAGCAAGAGGAAGAGUCAAAGACUUCGGCGCUCAGUUCGCGGGGUCAGUCACACGCAGGUACACAGGAUACUGAGGUCGGGCCCAGAGAGACCACAAGAGAGACAGGAGAGGACGAGAGACGGGGGGGACCGCCACCGGUUGCCCUUAGACACGCCAGCUUUCAAGGAGGUCACCGACGGCCUGCCUUAUGUGUGGCUCCUCUCAAGGCUUCACAGCCCCGUCCCAGUGCACCAAAGCCAUGUUGACCUCAGAAAGUUCACUGCACAGCACAGGGUCACUGCAGCAUGCGAUGCCCGAGACACAGGAUGCAGACAUGACAUCAUGGAGCGAGACAACAUUUGAGAAGAGGUGCACUUACAUCGUGAAGGACCAACUUCUGGAGGAACUGCCCGAAAACAAUUGCAAGACACGCGCUGAGAGAUCCUUACCCAGAAACCUGGCCCUGAAACGCUGCCCCGGCUCUGCAGAGGUGCUCGGGGUGAACAGCAAAGAGCUGAUUCCUAAGGGAACACGUUUUGGCCCUCUGGUGGGGGAAAGCUACACUAACGAAACAAUUCUGAAAGAUAAAGACAGGAAGUACUUCUGGAGGGUCUUCUCUGAGGGGUUUUUGCACCACAUCCUGGAUGGUUUGAACGAGGAGAGGAGCAACUGGAUGCGUUACGUCAACCCUGCCUGUUCUGAAGAGGGGCAAAACCUGAUCGCCUGCCAGAGCGGUUUGGAAAUCUACUUCUACACAAUCAAACCACUUCAGCCGGGCCAGGAGCUUCUGGUGUGGUACUGCCGCGAAUUUGCCCUGCGCUGCAACUACCCUCCUCUGGACCAACUGGCCAUUGACAACAUUGACAGUCGAGCACUGGGGAAGACAACAGGGAAACGGGGACACAGCGUCUCUGAAAUCCUCAGAGACGAACCUUCCAAAUCCCGCCCCAGACGUCUGGAUAGACCCUUCUCUCAGACCAACGUCCCAGCAGUUUUUCCCCUGUGUCCCCGUGUUGUGUACCCGAACCAGCCCCAGUCAGAUUCCAUCCAUGGCCAUAGAUAUGCAAGUUUACCACCUCUGCUAUCCGGCAGCCCUCCCGAUAGCAGAGCUGACACAAGAUCAGUUCUAAGAGGUCCUGUUCCCUCCAGUUUGCACUUCCCCAUACAGCCCAGUCAAUGCCCCGUUGUAGCCAAACCGUACCAAGAGCCUUCUGCGCAUGAUCGAGGCCCUCCUGCUCUGAGGCCUUCACCCUAUCUGCUGCCUCACUACUCCCUCGGCCUCAACAGCAAUCUACCUCACUCAUACCCGUGCUACGGAGACGGACUGAAACCUGACUUAACACUCUCAUCUCAUUUGCUGCCUUUUGACGGGUACUCACACUUCCUUCAUCCUCUGCCCAACAGACACAAAGACAUGACAAUUGCACUAUCCAACACCAAACAAGACCUCAUUCUUUCACCAAUCAAGGAGCACAGAGACAAUAAGGAACUUCUAUCAGAAAGGACAAACUACCUCAGGUUCCAUUCAGAUGACCUUAGAGAUUUCAAACACUGUGCACACAGCCAUGUCCAGGCAGACCUGACAAUACCGGCCACAUCCAGUGCCUCAUCCGUGGUCCCCUCAAUGCGCAAAGCACUGCCUUCUAGUUCGCCUCUGGAUGCCUUUAGAGACUGCCUUCCCUCCAAACCACCCUCUGCCACUGAGAGCAACACUGAGGAUGCAAUGGACCUCAGGAAGAUCAAACGAGGUGGGCACAUUGUGGGCUACAAGAACUUGUCUUACCCACUCAGCAGACAGAAUGGAAAGAUCCGGUAUGAGUGCAACGUCUGUGAAAAGGUCUUUGGGCAGCUGUCCAACCUCAAGGUCCAUCUGAGAGUGCACAGUGGAGAGCGUCCCUUCAAGUGUCAGACCUGCAGUAAGAACUUUACUCAGUUGGCCCACCUGCAGAAACAUUACCUGGUUCACACUGGAGAGAAGCCCCACGAGUGCAAGGUGUGCCUAAAGCGAUUCAGUAGCACCAGUAACUUAAAGACACACCAGCGGCUACACUCAGGUGAGAGGCCUUACCAGUGCAAGCUGUGCCCCGCCCGCUUCACGCAAUUCGUCCACCUCAAGCUCCACAAACGCCUCCACACAGGAGAACGACCUCACAGGUGUCCCUGCUGCCCUUGUGCCUAUCUCCACCACUGCAGCCUCCGGGUGCACCUCCAAGGCUUCUGUCCUCUCUCCCCCUCGGCCUCCCGCAGACACUCGCCGGAGGAGCUACAGCAGGUCAACGCUGAGAUUGAGAGGUUUGACAUGAGCGAGGCGGCGGAGCAGCUCGAGUUCAUGGCCGCAGACGCCGAGAUGGAAAAGGGGGACGUGACCGACUUAAUAAAGAAGAUGGAGACUCAUACCUCCGACCACCACGGUGGCCAACAAGGGAAGACGGAGCUGAGCAGCGACAAAUCAGCAAAGGAGUUUGCUGCCGAUCUGCCUUUACCUCUGCAUUCAACCCGCAUCAAGCUGGAGUCAGGCUGCAUAUCAGAGCCCUAAAACAGGCUUGCUAAUCCAGCCAUAUAAUCCUUACAGGUCAACUCAGCAGCCGUCUGUUACGGGGCGAUUUAAAGGAAAGCCUCAUCUCAAUUAUGGAUUGCCCAGCCUACGCUACAAAGAAUCAAGACUUUACCAGCAGGGCUUGGGAACCGAUGACGCGAUUGAUUUAAUGUAUACAUCUUUGUUAAUUUAUUCUGUUGUUAACAUUAAUGUCAAAUUUAUAGAAGCAGUAAUUUGUGGCAUUUUCUCUAUUUUUUUGUAUCUCUGAAACAUUUUGAUUGAACAAUAUUUAAACAUGUGAUUUUCCAUUAAC